ACCCGGAUCAGCUGCAUGCAUGCGUGCGUGGCCAACUCAGCUGCGUUGAAUCAGCCUUUGUUGCGCGAUUCAUUCCGCGCCAUCUCGAUCGCACUUUCGGGUACAGGGGACAGACAAAGUCGCCAUGGCGUACUAUGAGGAGCGCGGCUACGGCGGACCCAGGAGGAAGUCACUCCUCAUCGGCAUCAACUAUGUCGGCAGCCAGCAUCAACUGCAGGGUUGUCAUCAAGAUGUCCAGAACAUGCGCCAAUUCUUGCAAGCAAUGGACUAUCCAGAAGACCAGCGCUCGCAAGUAAUCCUACGCGACGAUCAAUAUACCGACCCCAGAGGCCCAUUCUUUCCAAACGGUCACAACAUCAUGGCAGCAAUGCAAUGGCUAAUUUCAGAACCGGGCACCAUGAACUUUCUCCACUACUCCGGUCACGGUGGCCAAGUCCCAAGCGACGACUACCGCGCCUCAGGCUAUGAUGAUACGAUAGUACCCUACGACUUCGAAGAGAACGGCCAGAUCUCAUCUACCAUUCUGCACCGUUUGUUAGUCUCCCGUCUCCCGCCCAACAGCUCGCUUGUCGUCAUCUUCGAUUGCUGCCACUCAGGCUCCGCUCUCGAGCUCCCGUACGUCUUCCGCGCGGACGAGGACGGCAACGUCAGCAUGAUGGAUAACGUCCAGACAGGCAUCGCAUUAGUCAGUGAAGCAUCGCACCUGAUCCAAGGCGGCUUUACCGUAGGCAAGAUUGCCGAGGCCAAGACUUUACUGGCAGGUGCGACGGACUUCUUCAAAGGUCUUACGCAUGAGCCGCCCCAGACGGACCAAUUCGGUCUAGGCGCGUCCGACAACCAAGAUGCGUAUGCAAGCGAAGGCGCCAAGAACGUGUGGAUGUACUCCGGCUGUCGCGACGACCAGACCAGCGCUGAUGCGAGCAUUGCGGGCAGCCACGUCGGCGCCAUGAGCUGGGCGUUUCUGGAAUCCAUGCGUGAGUACGGUACUGGUCAGAGCUACAUCCAGGUGCUGCAGAACACACGCCAGAUAUUGAAGGGUCGAUACCAGCAGAUACCGCAGUUGUCGGUGGGCUACGAGCAGGACCUGAAUUAUCAGAUGAGGCUGUGAUGACCAUGUGCACGAAAAGCAAGCCGGUGACUUAGCUACUCACGAUUAUAGAUGGCCGAGCAUUGAUCCGUGCCUUCCUCAUUUGGACACCUAUGACUUAGACUUCAGCUCUGACCUUAGCUCAGUCUCCACGCCAUUGCAUCCCCAAUCUA